ACCACCAUGAGCCCCCCCCCCCUCCCCUACCGCUGCCCUGCCUUCCCGACGUCCCUCUCAGCUGCCUUGGCCGCCUCGGGUUUGUAAACAAAAUCUAUCCAGCGGCGGCGGCGGCGGUGGUGGCGGUGCAAGCGAGCGUCGUCACGUCUUUGAGAGCGAGAGGGCGAGUGGAGCAGCCUGAAUGGAUCUGGGCGUUCCUUUAUCAAUAAAACAAAACAACAAGGCCUUGUUUUGAUUUUUAUGGGUGGGUUAUUCAUUUUUUUCGUGCAAUUCUUUUUGGGGGAAGCGGCGCGCUGGCGGUGCGGGGGGGGGGGGGCGUUUUAUUUUCGGAAUGUGACGGCGGAUAACCCCCCCAUCCCAACACACGAAGACCGGAGAAAUUCAGGAUGUCCGAGUAGAUUGUGCGAGAGAUGAGUCGCGAGGCGCUCUAGCGGUUAGCAGUAUUUACUGUAUUUUCAUCCGACGGAUGGGCCUGCCUCAUCGAUGUGAUCGUGCUCGGAGCCUGGAAUAACCUUGGAACACCAUGUCAGAAUACGACUACCCCAACACAUCAUCCUCGGCCGGCUGCGUGAGACUCCUCCCGGUGCCUUGGCAGAGCGAGCACUUGGCUGAAAUUUGCCAUCAGCUGCAUCGAAAAGUAGUCAUCUGCCAAAAAGCCGUGCGGAGGUUCAUCGCUCGGCAGAGGUUGCGCCAGAGGGUGAGCGGCGGCGGCGGCGGAGGCGGUGGAGGCGGCAAGCAGUGGGCGGCCGUGACUCCCACCAAGGAUGGCCACGGGGCGCCACCGCCUUCGGCGUCGGAGGGCGGCAGCGGCCGGCGGUUUUACCGCAAGCUGAGGGCGAUGCACGGCGGAGGCGGCGGCGGCGGCGGCGGCUGCCACCCGCACGACUGCUCCUGCGCGCUCGAAGGCGUCAAGAGCGGCGCCGCCAGGCACAAGCUAGCGGCCAGAGACUGCCGGGUCGCGGCGGCAACGGCGGCGGCGACGGUGCCGGAGAAGGGCCUCUGCUCGUGCGACCAUCGCCGAGGCCUGGCGCUGCCCUUCUCCUUCCCGCCCUUCGGAUUCGCCGCCGCCUCCUCCGCCGUCCCCUCCCCCGCCGCGGGCGCUCGGCCCCCGGGCCGGACGCGCGCGGCGGCGCUCGCCGUUUCCCCGCGGCCGUCGCGCGCGUACCCGCAGAUGUUCCUGCCGCACCCCUGCGGUCCCCCCGCGGGGCCCAAAUCGGCGGCGGCGGCGGCGAUGACGGCGGCGGCGUUGGAGCACAGGCAUCGGCCGCGCCGCUGCUGCAGCACGGGGCCCGCGCUGUGCUACGAGAUCGGCCCGCCCGACGGCACCGACGGCGGCGCGGGAAGACCAGGCGAUCAGAAGCCGUGUGCCGACGACGACGAUUACAUCACGAAGAGGAGGAUCCCUCCGCCGAAGCCCAAGCGUAACCCCAGCACCCGGCUCAGCGGCCUGUACGGCGCGAGGAGCACCGCAUUGGCGCUGCCGUCACGCCCGGCCUCCACGCCCGUCAUCCUUGAGCGCUCCUGGGCGCGGCCGGGCCACACGGCGCUCAAGGACCACCACCACCGCCGCCGUGAUGACGAUGACGAAGACGACGACGGAGAGCCGGUCUACAUCGAGAUGGUCGGCGAAUUCGGCAGAGAUGCCGAGCAGCAGGAGGAGGAGGACACGGCCGCCGCAGCUGCCACCACCCCUGCUGCCGCCGGCACUCCGGCGUCGCGGCCUGAGCAGGUGGAGUCGGAAUACGAGGAGAUGAAGUACUACCCGGUGUGCUUCUCCACGCUGCCAGAGCCUGCCGACCCGGCCAAGCGCGGCGCAUUCGGCCUGCCCUGCUACCGGAGGCCGCAUCCCCAUGGCCACGCCGAGGCGACCAAGGGCGCGGAGGGCAGCGGCGGCGACGGGACCCGGUCGGGGCCCCGCGGCGAGCUGGCCAACCGGAUCCCGCCGCCCUUCCCCGAGCUGCAGCCGCACCGGCCCCCUCUGCUGUCGCUGCCACCAGAACCGGCGUCGGCGCCGUCGGCGGCCACCGCCGCGGCGUGCCCCUCGGCCUCCGCGUUCGUCGACGUGGCCGAUGCCAAGCAGGGCGGCGCGCCGGGCGCGAGCGCCGGUUACGCGAGGCCCCCUCCGGGCCCGUCCAGGGAGCUCGAGGCCCCGGGAAAGGAGUUGAAGGACGCGGAGAGGGAGGUCUGCGCCCCGCUGAGCAGGGGGACCCUGAGCGGUGUCGAGCGGCCGUGCCCGGCUCCCGCGCUGCCGCCGCUCCUGCUGCCGCCGCCGCCAUCCUCUAAACCGCCGUGCAAGCCGGGCCACGUGGGCCUGUGCCUGCCGGGACACGGCCAGGCGCCCAAGUCGUCGGCACCCGAGAUUUCUGACGCGACGAGCCCCAAGAUGCCUCUGGGCCACCACCAUCACCCCAAGUCCCACUGCUACCCCGCGCCGGCCGCGGCAGCCACGGCGGCGGUGACGCACGCAGGGGGCUACGGCGCUCAGGCUCAGGUGUCCUCGCAGGUGAAGGCAACGGCGGUGGAGGCCAAGGCCUAUGAUGCAAAGGCGGCCUGCCCACGCAUCCACCGGCCCCAGGAGGCCGCGGGGGCUCACGCUCCGCACGUCCCCAAGGCCCAGUCCCUGAAGAGCUGCCAGGUCAAGGCCCAGACCUUCCCGCAGCCGCACGGGGCCUACAAGCCGGCCUCCAGCCAGGCCAAGCUCCAGGACUACGCACGGGCCAGACCUCCAGCCUACUCGCAGGCCCACCAGCCCCCAAACUAUGCACAGGCCACGUCCGAGAUUUACACGCUGGCCCAGUCGCUGGCCUUCUGCAGGGUGCAGUCGCAGACCUGCACAAAGUUCCAGUCGAUGGCCCCGCAGGCGAAUAGCCACCGGCCUUGCGUGCAGACGCAGUUCAGCGUGCCGCCGGCCGCCAAGGCACAGCCGGGCUCUUCGCAGCAGCCCAACCACCACCGCUACUUUUGCCAGGAGACACACAUCACCACCUACUCGCGCGGCACGCCGCACGCCACCGGCGGCUCCAAGAGCCACACCGUGCCGCCGCACGCCAAACUCGGCUCGGCCGCGUGGACGUCCGCGCAGGCGGCCGGGAAUCCCAGGGCCGCUCAGGCCGAGGCCCAGGCUCGGACGCGAGCUCAGGCCACCGCCACCGCCACCGCCGGCGUCGGCGCGGCCGCCGGCACAGGCGGCGGCGGCUCCGGGCAAAACCAGCAGGGCGGCUGCGUGCGGGCGCAGCACACACAGACGUACCCGCAGAGCAGGGCCCACGGCGACGCUCGCUUCGGGUACCGCCAGCAGCACCACUCGGCGGUGGCGGCGGGCGGCAGGCCUCUGACGAGCCCACUCGACGACCUGGCCUUCGUGCUCGUUACGGGCAGGCCUGCGCUCAGGUCGUCACCAGCCGGCAAGCAGCUUAACGCGUCGGUAGAAGACAUUUGCGACCGGCUCAACGGGAACGUGCGAGUGGAGGGAGAGCACCGCACGGCGACGCCCGGCGUCGGACGCCACAGCACGGCCACCGCCACCGUCACCACCGUCGUGACAGCAGCAGCCGCCGCCGCCGCAACAGCGACAACGACGACGACAAAAACAACGACCGCCGACUCGCGAGCCAACAACAGCAACAUCCACCCGUCCCCGGAUCCAGCAGCCGGCACAGCGGAGUCGAGGGUCAGGGGUCAUGUCACGGGACCGCCAUCUGUCGCGUCCACUCCUCGGCCGCUCCCCUCGUCCGCCUCCUCGUCGAACCUCCACCCCUGCAGACGAAGGCCGCACUCGCAACCCCUGCCCUAGCGAACCCAGGUAAAAAUAAACGUGGAGGCGUUGGUGGCACCGCGAUGUUCGGAGCAACGUACGAGGAUGAAGGAACGCGCAAAGAAGCCUGCAGCUUAAAUAAAAAAAAAACAUAAACGCAAAGCCUUGAAAAUUCACCUAGCUUCUCUUUGUGUCUAUUUCUAUCCAAUUCGAUGCUUCGUGGGAUUAUAUUGACAAACGCGUAUUAAGAAUGCAAAGUCAGCCGUGAUGAGUUCAAGUGUAAACGUCAAACGUACGUGGAGGACAAAUGCCGCUUUCUAAAACCAACGUGAAACAAAUAAUUCGGUGGGCACUGCAACGAGUGGGCACUAAAACAAAUGUAAACAUCACAAAGCGACAAUGCACAGGGAAGGGUUGAGCGUCAAUGUUGUUGUGAGACGACACGCAAAAUCCGUCAGAGGGUGUCAUUGGUACAAGUGAACGAAACAGUGGAUUGUGUUUUUUGCGCGGUAGGCCUAUUGCAGGCCUUGUAAUUGUGGACGACAAUUCCAGUUUUUUCGUCAGGGGUGGCGCAGUCAAACUAGAAUACAAAACAAAAUUGGCAGAAGAAUUAAAAUGUGAUCUUUUUGAAAAUUAGUCAGCCUUGUGGAUGGAGAUGAUCAAAGGUCAUGGCUAUUCAUAAAUUAUAAAAAAAAGAUGCAUGUCAUUUGUCUGGCCAUGAUCUGGUGAAGAAAUGGUGUGGUAGCGUUAUUUGUUGUGUCGGUCAUGUGGCACGAUGGGAGGGAAUUUGGUCGAGAGCAGAGGUGGUGGAGGGUGGGGUGGGGGAGCCUUUGGUAUGUGGUAGAGGUGACAACAGAUAAUACGUGUAUUUAUACGGUUUUUAAAGUGAAAUGGCAGGACCAUAUGAACCCGACAAGUCACACUGGAUACCUCUGCAAAGGGUGGGAACUCGAAGGCUGUUUGUUUGCUGGCCUCGUAGCGUCGUCUCCGGAAAGGGGAAAAUAAAGUUGGAACGUGCACCAUACGCUUAUAAAAAAAAUCCAACAGGGUAAAAUGUAAUUUAUAUUUGGAAAUCUUUGUAAGUGCGCCAUUUGAUGAAUACUGGCUUAAGCGCCUCGGUAACUUUUGAAAACAAAUAUUUGAAUAAGAGAUCAAUGUGGAUUUUUAUCAGGACAUGGCAAUGGCCCGUAAGCUAUGAUGAUGAUGAUGACGACGACGACGACAACAGCAAUGAUGUGAAAUUAUUUGUGCAUUGUGAUUGUAACAGCUUUCAACCCGGGGGGGUGGGGGGGUGGGGGGGCAAACGAAAGGGGUCAAGGAAAUGCGUACGCGCGAGGAAUUUCUCUUUCGUCUGGAUCCCAUGGCCAUUGGCGACUGGCUUCGAGUUAGCUCAGAGUUUGUGUUCAGAUGAGUGUCUAGGUUAGUCGUUGCACCGUAGUCAGCUCACUGUGGUAGAUUUCUCCUCGAAAGAAAGAAAAAAAACGCUACGCGCCAAUAUCUCUACGGCUCAGAUUCACCGCACACUGCCAGGCCCCCCUUGCAAAGGAACUACUCUGUCUCAUUUCUUCAUCAUUAUUGUUACCAAUAAUCUCACGCUUGUUUGCGAGUAAUUUUUUCAAAGAUUUGCGGAAUGUGGACCGUGACUGCGGCAGACGAGAGCCGACUGUUCUUCCAAUCACGUCGCAGGGAUCUCUUAACGUGAAACUGUGAAGCAGACGGAGCGUAUUCUUUGGUUCUUUCGAUAAGGUCACGUAGAUAGAAAAAAAUAUAUAAUAAUAAAGUGAAUAAAAAAUAAAGUAAAACACGACGUUUCGAUCACAACACAAAUUCACUCUAUUUUGUAUUAUUUUCCUAUCUACGUGACUUUACCGAAAGAACCAAAGAAUAUGAAUUCCUGCAGUCACGAAAGAUUUAAGUCAAAAUUCAGACGGAACGUAUUUAUGGUUAAUGCACGCACCGUAGAUUAAUACGCACACCGUGGCAUUAACCAGGGCUGCCUGCCGGAUGCUGACAUUUGUUACAAUCGGCGAUGGCACUACCGCUGGGCCAUGUCACCACCCAAUUAUUUCUCCCCGACAUUCCAAUAAAAGACCGUUAGUUUCACGGCAGUUCUAUGCGAGGUACAGAACAAACCCAUCAAGUAAUGAAAUGUAAGCAUAGCUCAAUUUAAUGUCUCCACAAAUAAAUACAAAUAUGUGUUUGGCUCGCUGCCUAUUGGAUGGAUAUCCAGGCUAUUAUUUUGAAGUAGCGGCAUUAGUCUCAGCAAGAAAACUGUGGACCGGUUUGGACCAUCUGGGUUUCAUCAGUAGAAUUGUGCCUGUUAAAAAAAUACACAUUCUGCUGGGUUACCAUGUUAGUGACUAGAGAUCAUUCAAUAUAAACCAUAGGGCCCCAAUCACAAAAUGCAUAGAGCGGAGUCCGACUUAAAUAUGUGUUUAUCCAUAAUGUACCGCGGCAACCCAUGCAUUUGUAUUAUAACUAUUUUUGUGUGACAAUAUAUCUGGAUCAUCUCUUGAGACAGAACAUCUCAUUUGCAAGGGUGUCCAGGGUAGAUAAGGGUUGACAGGUGACCUUUGAGGAACGCCCAGUGGAUUUCUGAAAUUAUUCCAAACCACGUGCGAAUUUUUUUUAAAGAGAAAAACAAACACGACAGUGUAACCACGCGUCGAUUAAUCAAUUAGUAUCGAUUAUUAACAUAGACGCAUAUGUAACAAUCGAUGUGAGAUUGCUAUACGGCGUUAAGGAGGCUUCACGUGAUGCCCCAACGCCUCCCCCUUGCAGCCUCCAGAGGCCGCUACUUUCAUCACAGUUGUGACUGAGAUCAAUCGAUUGCCGGAACACGUGACCCCGAACUGCAAACACCCCCUGUACGGAGCAGCGCGUGGAACUCGGUGCCUCUGGAACGGGCAGAGAAAUGUUAAGGCCACUCGUGCUGUUUGGGACGUGCGUUUGCGGGGGGGGGGGGGGGGGGUGUUGCCCCAAUGAAAAUAUUUUUUUUUACAUAUAGGUACGCUUGGCAGGUACGCGCGUGUGCCAAAGACUUUGGCCUAAGUUCGUCGACAAAAAAAGAAUGACUUGGUGGUCAUGCACCGAGCCGCGUGUGUUGUGCCAAAUUCCAGCCAUUCUCAAUAUUUCCCACGCGAUUGUGGGUAUUUGUGACCAUACUUCACCACGCUGGUUAGGAAGAGAUGGAGGGGGGGGGGCAGGACUGCUUCUGAUCCCGCUCACCGCUGAUGUUAGCCGUGGACAGGAAUCGAGUUUCAGGUCGCCGGGUUCAUCGCGCAGCGCGCUAACCACUGUGCCACCACUCCAUCCCUGUGUUGUAUAGCCACUGCAGAAAUAACCUUCAACUCUGGAAUUUCCUACUUUUUGUUCUCCAUUUUUAUUUUAACGAAACAUUAAAAAAAACAAAUAUUUGAAGACUAUGCACAGAGUUAUAUGUAAUAAUACAGGAGCGGUGUACGACUGUACAGAUAUAUGUACAGUAUUAAAAACAGAUUAGCCCUUUGUCAAUCCACUGCUGGAUGAAGACCUACCAUGCUGUAUUGGCCAUGGAGGUUUGUUUACCCAUAAUUCACCGUGUUGGUCAGUGCAGGUUCGUUAAUGUGGUUGGGGGCUGGGGGGGGGGGGGCAGUUCACAUGUCACUGACCACUGUCGUUAGCCAUGGCCGGGAAUGGAACUCAGGUUGCCGGGUUCAAUGGCACACCACUCGCUACCCCCACUACGACCUCCUCCCUCUGCCACCCCCCCCCCCCCCCCCAACCUCAACCCCUCGCCCGCACAAAAAUCUGCAUAUGCUGCAAGCAACUGCACUUUUUUGUAUAAAAUCAGCAGUUUGAACGCCGUGUCGCCUGCGCGAACCGGUCCGGGCUCAGACUCGAGAUAUUAAAAUCGGCUUACGCGUUCGUGCUUAACCUUUGCGUCCGGUAGCUGACAACCUCGCUAUGUGCAUUCCCUUUGUUUCUGGCGGCUCGAUCACAUCUCGCAUCCGAACUGCGAGGAGUCCUGCUACGGCGAACAACCACACCUACCCACCUAAAUUCAUCUUCGUCACACUUACGUUUCCGCCAACGCGGGCAAAAGUUCCGAAUGCAGUUGUUUGCCGCGUCGCGCAACAAAAAAAAACAUUUUGACGUCUGCGUUCUCGAACAGUUCCCGGGGUGGGGUAGGGGGGGGGAUCCCAUCCCAGUUUUAUUUUCUCGGCGAGCCUUGACCGGCCACCUAGUCGAUGGCGGGAUUUCCGCGACCCCCCCCCCCCCGUGGCGCACCGGUUCAAAGCGCGGUAUGUUUUUGCCAGGGUAAAAAAAAAACGAAAAGACUAAAACGACGAAUCCUCGGAUCGCAAUACCGGCGACAGCCCAGCGGAAUGCGAGGGACGCUUCGCAAGGCCUCGCGGGCCCAAACAGCGGUGCAGUCGCCGGCAGGGAUGGCACAAAUGGUAACAAUCGCGCCUUGCAGCGAGAAGGGGCCCUGGCUGUGUUCGAUUCACGACUCGGGCUCCUUUGUAUGUUCACAUCCCGCUCCCCAACUACUCCCCCCCCCUCCAUCUGUUCUGCAUGGGUUUCCUCCCGGCGCAUCGAUUUUCUCCCAUUAGUUAAACAAACAAAGAUAAAUAAAACCAUAGUGCAACAUCCCAAUGCUGAAAAUGUACCCGCAAAUUUACUCGUUUGGGACGAUAUAUAAGCAACAUCGCCAGACUCCCCCCCCCCAAAAAAAAAAAAU